AUGUCAAAUACUGAGCCUCUACAAGAGAUGCGAGCUGCACUAUUACGUGAAUAUAACAAGCCUUACGAACUUGGCAGAAAGGAGACGCCGAAAAUAGCUGACCAUGAACUGCUCGUCAAGGUCUACGCCGCUGGGUUCUGUCAUUCAGACUUGCAAGUCGCACAAGGACAGUUUCAUUCAAAAACCCCCAUGAUUCCAUCCCAUGAGCCCGCUGGCAAGAUUGUACAGGUUGGAUCCAAUUGCCGGGGCGACUGGAAGGUAGGCGACAGAGUUGGCGUCCUCAACUUCAAAAAUGCGUGCACUUCAUGCACGGGUUGCAGCCUGUCUAAGCGUGAGUACGGCACGUAUGAUCCUAGGUUCUGCGAACGAAGGGAGACCGCCGGCUUCCAGCAUGACGGUGCAUUUGCCGAGUACAUGGUGGCAGAUCCGGAAACGACAGUCAAGCUGCCUGACUCUUUGUCAUUUGAGCAGGCAGCGCCGCUGAUGUGUGCGGGCGCUACUGUAUGGGGAGCUCUUGAGAAGGCGACGUCGGGGCUCAGUGCCGGCAGCACAGUUGCUAUCAUCGGGAUAGGUGGUUUAGGUCACUUGGGUGUGCAGUUUGCGAAGGCCCUCGGCUACCGCACGAUAGCAGUUGACAGCCGCCCUGAAGGUAGGCAACUCUCGACGGAGGUGCCAGGCCUGGACUUGGCUCCUGACCUCGUAGUGGACUCAACCGCUCCAGAUGCCAAAGAAGGAAUCUAUGGUUUUACCCAAGGCGAAGGUAUUGCGGCGGCUGUUGUGUGCACAGAUUCGCUGGCAGCGAACGAGUGGGCCUUGACUCUCUUGAGAAUUGGGGGCACCCUGGUGCUUCUCGGCUUGCCUCCCGAUAAAUGGAGGUUCGAUUCGGAUAUUAUUGUAUUCAAGGAGUUGAUAUUGCGUGGGAGUUACGUCGCUAGCAGAGAGUCUACGGAGAGGAUGAUGGCCAUUGUAAAGAAGAGUAAUAUUCAGUCCCACCUUACCGUGGUCUCCUUUGACGGAAUACCAGGCAUCAUGGACAGAUAUGUGGAAAAGGGGUUUAGAGGGAGACUAGUCGUUCAACUGGCUGAGGAAUAG